AUGCGGCACAAAAUUCAGAUAUUGCUCUUAUACUGGAUUGCCAGUGAAGUUUCAAUGACAAAACGUUUUGAUUCUAGAAGAAAUUUCUCCCAGGCACUUUACUCUGUAAAUGACAGUGGUUCUGCUAAGUGGAACAGGAUUAAAAGGAGUCUGUAUCAGGGGAGUUCCUGCAGGAUACGCGGCUGUUGCCCAGGAAGAGAUGAUGACUGCAGCUUUACCAUUGUCUCCAGAGGAGCUGUAUGUUACUGUGACCAGUACUGCACCUCGGGCUCUCCCGGGCCUGUGGACUGCUGUACUGACUACUGGGAUGUCUGCAACCACCCCGCGGAGCCCAGCAGGUCAGAGCAGCCUUGGCCGCCUUCAGCAGGGGGUUGUUAUAAAGAUGGCCGAUAUUACGGAGAAGGAACAAUAAUUAAAGACAACUGCAAUUCCUGCAAAUGUUUCAACAGUCUCUGGAAAUGUUCAACAGACGUGUGCCUUGUUCGCCAAGACUUAAUUCAGCACAUCAAUUCUGGAGAUUUUGGAUGGAAAGCUGAAAACUACAGUCAGUUCUGGGGAAUGACAGUGGAAGAAGGUUUCAAAAAUCGUCUGGGCACCUUCCCUCCAUCUCAUUCUUUGCUGAAUAUGAGAGAGGCUCCUGGGAAGUCACUUCCAGAAGAAAAGUUUCCUGCAAUCUUUUCAGCCAUUUAUGAGUGGCCUGAUCGGAUUCACGAUCCUUUGGAUCAGCGAAACUGUGGAGCAUCCUGGGCUUUUUCAACAGCAAGUGUUGCAGCAGAUAGAAUAGCAAUUCAUUCAAAGGGUCAGAUCACAGACAACCUUUCUGCUCAGAACUUGAUCUCUUGUGAUACCAGGAAUCAACAAGGAUGUAAUGGUGGGAGCAUUGAUGGUGCCUGGAGAUAUCUGAAAACACAUGGGGUUGUAUCAUAUGCUUGUUAUCCUUCAUUUUGGAACAAACACCUGGGGCCAUCAGCUGAAAAUCAGUGUUAUGUGUCAAGUGAAUAUGGAAAAAACCAUACAAAUGGGCCAUGUCCCAAUCCUUUUGAAAAAUCCAAUCGGUUAUACCGGUGUGCCUCUCACUACAGGGUGUCCUCAAAAGAAACUGAUAUAAUGGAAGAAAUCAAGGACAGAGGACCAGUGCAAGCUAUAAUGAAAGUGUAUGAAGAUUUUUUUCUUUACAAAGAGGGAAUAUAUCGACACUCCCAGACAGCAGGAUCUAAAUGGAAAACUCAUUCAGUCAAACUCCUUGGGUGGGGAGCAUUACCUGACAAAAAUGGACAAAAACAGAAGUUUUGGAUUGCUGCAAAUUCCUGGGGAAAAUCCUGGGGAGAAAAUGGUUAUUUUAGGAUUCUUCGUGGACAAAAUGAGUGUGAUAUUGAGAAGCUGAUUUUAGCUACUUCAGGACAACCAUAG